CUCAGAACCUUCUCCCCUGAAGCCAGGGGUUGCACAGUCGGAACUCGGCGCUCUCGCUCGGCCAGGGGACCCCAACCUGAUUCUCAUCUGAAGACCCACCCGAAGUGAUGUGUGAAACCCAGCUUCCCAGGCCCCUCCCCUGGGGACUGGGAGGAGUUGGUCUGGAGGGGAGCCUAGGAACCUGCCUUUUAACAAGAGUCAAGGAGGAUGAUUAUGGAGAGGGAGAAGAUGAUGCCGAGGUCCAGCAAGAAUGCCUACAUAAAUUUUCUACCCGGGAUUAUAUAAUGGAACCCUCCAUCUUUAACACUCUAAAGAGGUAUUUUCAGGCGGGAGGGUCUCCAGAGAACGUUAUCCAGCUCUUGUCAGAGAACUACACUGCUGUGGCCCAGACUGUCAACCUGCUGGCCGAGUGGCUCAUUCAGACAGGUGUUGAACCAGUGCAGGUUCAGGAAACUGUGGAAAAUCAUCUGAAGAGUUUAUUGAUCAAACAUUUCGACCCCCGCAAAGCAGAUUCUAUCUUUACUGAAGAAGGAGAGACCCCCGCUUGGCUUGAACAAAUGAUUGCACAUACCACGUGGAGAGACCUUUUCUACAAACUGGCUGAAGCCCACCCAGACUGUUUGAUGCUGAACUUCACUGUUAAGCUUAUUUCCGAUGCAGGAUACCAGGGGGAGAUCACCAGCGUGUCCACGGCCUGCCAGCAGUUGGAGGUGUUUUCUAGAGUGCUUCGUACCUCUCUAGCUACGAUUUUGGACGGAGGGGAAGAAAACCUCGAAAAGAAUCUCCCUGAGUUUGCUAAGAUGGUGUGUCACGGGGAGCACACGUAUCUGUUCGCGCAGGCCCUGAUGUCCGUGCUGGCCCAGGAGGAGCAGGGGGGCUCGGCCGUGCGCCGCAUCGCACAGGAGGUCCAGCGCCUCGCCCAGGAGAGAGGCCAUGACGCCAGUCAGAUCACGCUCGCACUGGGCACAGCUGCCUCCUACCCCCGGGCGUGUCAGGCCCUUGGGGCUAUGUUGUCCAAGGGAGCCCUGAAUCCGGCCGACAUCACAGUCCUGUUCAAGAUGUUUACAAGCAUGGACCCGCCUCCUGUUGAACUCAUCCGGGUGCCAGCCUUCCUGGACCUGUUCAUGCAGUCACUCUUCAAGCCAGGGGCCAGGAUCAACCAGGACCACAAGCACAAGUACAUCCACAUCUUGGCAUAUGCGGCGAGUGUGGUGGAGACCUGGAAGAAGAACAAGCGAGUCAGCAUCAAUAAAGACGAGCUGAAGUCAACAUCGAAAGCUGUUGAGACUGUUCACAACUUGUGUUGCAAUGAGAACAAAGGGGCGUCUGAGCUUGUGGCCGAGCUGAGCACCCUCUACCAGUGUAUACGGUUUCCGGUGGUGGCCAUGGGCGUGCUGAAGUGGGUGGACUGGACUGUGUCCGAGCCGAGGUACUUCCAGCUGCAGACGGACCACACCCCGGUGCACCUGGCGCUGCUGGACGAGAUCAGCACCUGCCACCAGCUCCUCCACCCCCAGGUCCUGCAGCUGCUGGUGAAGCUCUUCGAGACGGAGCACUCCCAGCUGGACGUGAUGGAGCAGCUCGAGUUGAAGAAGACCCUCCUGGACAGGACGGUGCACCUGCUGAGCCGCGGCUGCGUGCUCCCCGUGGUCACUUACAUCCGCACGCGUCUGGAGAAGCUGGACACCGACAUCUCCCUCAUUCGCCACUUUGUGACUGAGGUGCUCGACGUCAUCGCGCCCCCCUACACCUCUGACUUCGUGCAGCUUUUCCUUCCUAUCCUGGAGAACGACAGCAUCGCCGGCACCAUUAAAACAGAAGGUGAACACGACCCUGUGACAGAGUUCAUAGCUCACUGCAAGUCUAACUUCAUCUUGGUGAACUGAGUCAGCGCAUCCUCCAGAGCUGGAGCGGAACGUUCCAGGAGACCCGCUGUGGAAGAACCCUUUCCAGAAGCUGUCGUUGAAGAGGCCCAGUCAGCAUCCUGGAAAUGGGCUCUGGUGGGAGGAGGCGGAUAACUUUGUUAAAAAGGAAGAUGUUAGCAGUGUAACGGCUGUCAGCAACGGUCCCCUCUCGUGAGUCCAGGGCUGCCCCCGAGUCCUGUUUACAGUGUUCGCUUCCCCCAGUAGCGGAACUAGGUUCCCGUUACCUCUUGGGAUGGAGCCAACUGUCGGCCCCAGGGGUGGUGGAAAUUCAGAAACUGAGACUCUUAGAUGAACUAUUUUCAAUGGCAAUUCAGAAACUGAGACUCUUAGAUGAACUAUUUUCAAAGUUGAUUUAAGUUUUCUCACAAGGCUCCACUGGUUAGUUCAUAUUAUUGCAAUUGCUUUCAUUUUCUGAGAACAAAUAAAAAGCCCUUCUGCGGUUGGAAGGUGUAGGUCCCGGUGUUAAUGUUGUUUUCGUGUGUAAAUAAAGCACUCAGAUUCA